AUGGAACCAUCCAUUUUUCUGAGUAAAAUUAUGAAUGUGAAUAAAGAAGAAGCCAGCAGUGAUUUGCAUGGAAAACUGCAACUUGUUGAUACCAAAACCCAUCAACUUCCUGUUUCUGAAGGCAAAAUUGAUGAUUUUAGUUUAGUGAGUUGUUUCAAUAAGGUUGCCAAGUCACAAGAUAAUAAAGAGAGCAAAUAUUUGUUUGACACACUGGACAAAAACAAUUUUGAAGAUAAUAAAAGGGUUGUCAAUUCUAAUUCAACACCAGCUGAGCAACAAAAACCUCACUCAGAAGAUUGGCAUGAGUUUCAAAAAUUUCAAGGGAAGACAUCUGAAGUGGCGAACCAGCAUCUUAACUCUCAAACCAGCCCACUAAAUGGCUCAAACAACACAGAACCUCUGAUUUCAGCUUCAUUAACUUCUAAUUCGUUCAAUGUUAUAUUCAGCCGAGAGAUUUGCAGAACCACAGAACAAACAGAUCCUAAUAUUUUAAAAAAUUUCACAUUAAAUUGCAAAGACACAAAAGUUUGGCAGGAUUUAGAAUACUCAAGAACAAAAUCAAAACUGAAAUUCAAUUGGAAUGAAUCCAUAUUCAAAAAAUACUUUUUAAAAUCUAUGCACCUGGAAACUCCAUUUUCAGUAAUUCAAUUUUUCAACCUUUAUGUCUAUUUAUUAUAUUAUUAA